UCACAAAGACGAACAUGGCUCAAUCCACCAACUCAAACGGCUACACAUCAUAGAACUACUGAGGAGUCAGAAACAUCUGCAACAAUGUCAACCAAUAAUGACUUGGAUGAUGAAUCAUCGGAUGAUAUAACAACAUAUGACAAAAGUAAUGUCUUGAUCAUUGGUCCAACUGGCUCUGGGAAAACUUUAUUGGCAAAAACUUUGGCACAAAUUCUCAAUGUACCUUUCUCAAGUAAUGAUGCAACUCCCUUAACUAUGGCUGGUUAUGUUGGUGAAGAUGUUGAAACUGUGAUUCAUCGGCUAUUACAAAGUUGUGAUUACGAUGUCAAGAAGGCAGAAACAGGCAUUGUCUUUAUUGAUGAAAUUGACAAGAUAGCACGACGAUCCAAUGCGUCAUCUCAUUCAAAAGAUGUAUCAGGUGAAGGUGUACAACAGUCCUUAUUACGAAUGUUAGAGGGAACUAUGGUGACAAUAUCUGGUGGAAAUGGAUCAAGCAAACGACCUGCCAUUGGAGGUUCAUUUGGAGGUGGUCUAAUGAAAAAUGAGUCUUAUGUAGUGGAUACAAGCAACAUUCUAUUUAUUCUCAGUGGUGCUUUUGUUGGAUUAGAAAAUAUUGUCAAGGAUCGUUUAGCAAAGGGAUCCAUUGGAUUUGAUGCUGUACUCAAGUCUAAUGAUGAAGACAAUGUGCUUGUACAACAAGGUGAAAAAACUGUAUCAAUUCCUCCAUUAGAUCUUGUGGAACCAUCUGAUUUGGUCAAAUAUGGAUUUAUUCCUGAAUUUGUUGGAAGAGUGCCUGUGGUAGCUUCUGUUGCCAAUCUAAAAGUGAAUGAUCUUGUACGCAUCUUAUCGGAACCAAAAAACUCACUUGUCAAACAAUAUAAAGGAUUAUUUGAUUUAAGUCAGGUGGAACUUCAUUUUAGUAAACUUGCUUUGAAACGUAUUGCUGAAUUGGCUUUAGAAAAGAAAACCGGUGCUCGAGGAUUACGCAGAAUUAUGGUAAAUAAAUUUAAAAAAAUCAUCUUUUUUUUUUAG